AUGUCAAACCAGGAAGCUAACGACCACUCGGACUUGCGUCGGAGGCUCCAAGACGAAGCUUCGGCCAUAAAGAUUGGGCUCUCUCCCGGCGAGGUUGAUUGGUUUCUUAGACCGAAUCAUUUCUCCUCGCUUCUCCAGCCAAUCAGAUCGCCGUCUCAUGCUGAUUCCAACACUGCAAAGUCACCAGCUUCGGUUACCACAACAAAUGCUACCGUCUCUACAGGCGUGGUCAACUCCACAACAUCUCCACUGAGCAGGUCGAAAACAACGGAAGGCAAUUAUGCCGGUUCACACUCGGCCCCCUCCAAAUACGACACCUCUGCUCUCAAGAGGACGGCUUCUAAUGUGGCCGAUAGCUCCAAACCCAAGACUGGUUUCUUCAAGAAACUGCUCGGCAAACGGGCCGAAAAGCCUGUUUCCAGCAGUCCCAUUCCAGCACAUCGUUUGAGCAUUGCAAAUCCGGAACCCAGCAAACUGGAACCCACUUUCGACCACUCUGCGCAAUCGACUGCCGAUAAAGCCCCGGCUUCCCAUGUGGAUCCCAAGCUAUCCCACUAUCUUGAGGAAAUUCACAGUGCGGCAUCGGGUCCAUCAAGUCGUGAUUCUUCCUCCUCGUCAACGAUCUUUGAAGAGCAACCCAAGGGCUCUCUCAAGCUGGAUGCUGCUGGAAAUCCAAUUCCUCCUCAUCCUGCAAUCCCGAAGCUGCCUUCUGCAUUUGUGGACCAUCCCAAGUACUCUGUCCCUCCAAGCCCGCAAUGUCAACCAUUUCAGCCGGAGAAACCGACGGUUUUUGGUUCUCUGCUUGGAAGGAGGCGGACUCUAACGGACCUGUCGAGGGUCCCAUCACCAACGCAGCCCCAGUCACCACCGACGCAGCACGCAAUGCCUGUCAAAUGCAAAAAAACCCCGCCAAUAAAACUGUUGAAAGAUAUGAAGCCGAUGAAACGCGUGGCGUUUGCUACAACUGUCUUCGUCAACGAUCCACCGCAACAGAUCCCAUCCAGAACGCCUCGUAAGGGUAACGUCGAGGUCAACCAGGACGGAACAAUCAUUGUGCACAAGAUAUUGCCCGAGGAAAGACUACAAGCCGCUGCUGGGAUUGUUGUGGGUGGUUCUGGUCAUUUGAGAUUGAUGGACCAUCCCGGGUCACCGCCUCCUGGAGCCGAAGUCACUAACAACAUGGUUCUGGAUUCCACCCCACCAUCACCAGCCCCAGAACGCACUGAUCACGAUGCCCCGGAACCAAAAUCGAAGUUCGAGACGGGAGUCAAGAUUGAUAAGCCAAUGGUGAAACGGCACUCGAGUUCUCCAGCAAUGAACAAACCGCUGGUGACUCUCAAGCUUGACGAAUUGUAUACUCGGUGCUGCCAUCUGCGUGAGAUUUUGCCCAUUCCAGCUACUUUGAAGCAGAUUCCAAAAGGAUCAACUGAUCCACUUCUGUACAUGCAAUUGCGCAAUCCAAAACCAUCUAUGAUAGAGGUUCUCGCAUUCUCGGACUUCAUUCGGAUUGCUCCACUCACAUGUUUGUCACUGGACGGAGUAUCGCUCACAGAAGAGAUGUUCCGGACCAUCCUGUCGGCCCUGGUGAGCAAACGUUAUUUUGAAAAGUUGUCAUUAAGAAACACACCCAUGAAUGCCGAGGGCUGGAAGCUACUUUGCUGGUUUUUAUCUAUGAACAAAGUGGUCAAACAGCUUGAUAUUACACAAUGUCCAUCUUUGAGCACCAACACACAAAAGGCAAGGUCGGGCUCUAAAUCCAACACAAAGGUGAUGGAGUGCAACUCACAGGACCGAUCUGAUAUGGACUGGCCGCUGCUCACGGCCACUCUGAUCGCUAGAGGCGGAAUUGGAAGUAUCGUCUUGAGUGGGUGCAAGAUCAACGACCUCGAGGUCUUCGAAAACUUCAUGGACAUGGCACUUUCAAUAUCUACUCGGAAUGUGGGAUUAGCAUACAACGAUCUGAGUCCUCAGCACUGUGAAAUUGUUGCCCGUUGGCUCAAAAACAACCUAGAGGUGCUCGGGUUAGAUUUAGGGUACAACAAUAUCGGCAAUUCGCUGAAACCAUUCAUUGAAUACACAAAAGAGACCGUUUCAACUUCAAAAUUGGCGCUUUUGUCGUUGAAUUGCACUGGUCUGUUUGACUCACCAGAUGUCAGAAAUCUGACUAGCACGCUUUCACAACUCCAAAACUUCAGGUAUCUUGACCUGUCUAACAAUCCAAAGCUCUUUCCAGCGUUUACAACCCCAUUGGCAACGUUCCUUCCUCUUUACACCAAGUUGGCGAGAUUACAUCUCGAUAACAACGAGCUGACACCUGGGCCGUUGAUAUCGUUGGCAGAAACUUUACCCCUUUGCAAGAGUCUGACUUAUUUGUCAAUCGUGGGCAACCACCUUGAUGAGUCCACGUGCAUUGCAAUCUGCCAGGGGCUCAAGAACUCGCAGUCGUUGUUCACAAUUGAGUUUAACGAGGAUGAGAUGCCCGGGAGACUCAAGGAGAAGAUCGGAUUGUACACCAUGCGGAAUAUGGAGCGUGCACUCUACGGUUCGACCUCGGUAACGGACAACAACUUUUUUGUUCAGUCGAAAGGGCUGAUCAAACAGGGGGAAAAGUCACUGACAGAGACCAUGGCCGAGUUUUUGCACGACAAGGACCUGGAUUCCGAGAAAGCUCAAACAUUUCUGGAAGAGACCGGUAAGGUGCGUGAAAGUAUCCACGAAACAAUGACGGAACUGUUCAAGCUUCAGCACAAGAACAAGUUGAACAUGGAUGGAAAGGAGACUUUAGUCAGACUUUGUGUGAUCGAUGCUUCCUUGGAGCGUGGAAUGUCCUUGAUUGAUUCGAAAAUCCAGAACCUUUACAAAUCGACUAUCCCUUCUAAGAUAGGCAUUCCCGCUGAAAGAGGGGAUGCUCGUGACGGACCAGCUGAUGGAAUAACAGACGCUGACAACACCAUGACAGAGAUCAAAGGAGAGGAUGCUUCUUCCUCCAGCUUGGAUGAGCCCAGAACCAGCUUACGGUCAAAAGACCGGGCCGAAGGUUCAACUCUGCGUCUGUCAAGUCUCGCUGAAAAGAAGGAUGCCGACCCCUGGAACAUUUCCAAUGACACAAUUGCACAUGCUCUGCUUGAAGCAAGCGAUAUCAAACAUGUUGCAAAGAUACUCCAGUCGCUCAAGGCUAAGGGUGUUUCGCUGCGGGAUCUCUUUGGAAAAGGUUCUGAGACUUCUAAUGGUGAUGAUAUCACGACUCUUCGUGAUAAAUUGCAUAAUUUGGAGCAGAGCAAGGAAGAUGAUCUCUCAGAUACUGAUUCUAUCGAUAGUGCGGAACCUGACUACGGUGGUAGAGAUGACUUGCAGGCAGUGAGUGCUGCCUACGACCAGCUUCUGGAUCAGUUUCAGAAGAUCAAGACUGCAGAUGAAGAGUCUUAA